AUGCCUACCAUCAUAGCGUUGGACGUGUCGCUUUCGAUGUCGCGCCCCAUUCCAAACCAACCAUCAAGCACCGGUGGAUCUAGUAGUGCGGAAUCGGAUAAUGUGCUGACCUAUCAUCAACUAGCCGUCCAGGGCAUCAAUUACGUGUUGGAUUAUCUCACCAAGCAUGCCCGUUUGGAAUACGUAUCGUUGAUAAUCUAUUCGUCGUUGUACGAGGUGGUGGUGGAUUUUACGCGCGAUUACGACUCCAUCCGGAAUGCGUUGCACAAGAUCGAGCAUUACGACAAGACGUGUCUGGAGAAUGUGCUGGUAGCGGUGAACAAUGCGUUUAAGGCGCAUUGGGGCAGUCAGAACUACUGUCAGAUCAUCUUCAUUACUGACUGUGGAGUUGGAAUGGGACCGAGUUCGCUCAAGAAUACGAUUAUUAACUUACAGACAUACAAGGCGGCAUGUGCGUCAGCUGCAGCGGCAGCCGCAACGACCGAUGGUUCAAAGGCAAUGGUGACGGUUGGAAGCAACAGUGCCGCCAUUCCACCUCCGGGCGAAAACCAGUGGGUCGGUUUCUCCUACCCGAGCAAACUAUCGUUUAUGUGCCUCGGGAGUCUGUCCACAGAUUCCGCCUUUCGAUGUGGCACGAAGCUUUACAUGCAGCUGUUGGAAGUGAGCGGCCAGAAGGGACAACUGUUUAUACCACGCAUGAAGAUAAAGCAUGAAGAAUCGGCGGGAGAUGAUGCGUCACCGAUCACCGGAGAUGAUGGCGAGGACAUUGUGAGGCAGCUGACGCGAACAUCGGCGCUGGAGUGCUUUGGAACAAUGUGCGAUAUCAAUUAUCGACAGUUCGAAGCAACACUGCGUUGUGGAGGAUACUUCCGGCUGGAAGAACCCGUGACCGUGUGGCCAGCUCCACUUCCCUACACCGCACGUGAUGUGUUGGGUGCUGAGACAACCAAGCUGAUGUCACGUCGGCUGGAAGUGUGCGGAUUUCUCCGAAUGUCCGACAUUGGUUCUCCAAUGUCCGUCAGCAGACACUUGAUACUACCACGCAGCGUUGGCGGCACGGUUGGAGCUUCCGAGCAGAACGAAAGUGGAAAGCCGUCAUCUAACGGUGGAUUGAAGAACGGGCACGGCCACUCAUCCGCCGAAGAACGUCUCGAAGCCGACAUUAAAGCGUUCUACGCCAAAUCGGACGCAGGCGAACAUCAUCAGCAUGAAGAUCACGGGCUGGACGGUACGGACGUGAACAAGGAAUCGGUCUGCGUGCUGCUGCAUGGUGCGCUCAAGGUAGAAAACAUGGCCGCCCUGGUGUUGGUUGGCGAUAAUUGGUACGGGUUCAUCUACUCGUACGCGGAUGGUAAGAAAAAGUGGAACCUCAUGCUGAAUGUGCUCCCGCCCGGCAGUGACGUAGUACCGUGGUUGGGUGAUCUACGCUACCUCGGCACACUGGAAGACGCUUUCCAGGGCGAAAACCCAUCGUUCCCCAUCAAGGCAGACAAGCGCAGCUACUCGCAAACUAUUGUCGUUUGGAUCCGGCACGCCAGUCUACAGUCCGACAUACAGAAGGUAUUGCGACACGCGAAGAAACUGCCCGAAAAGACGCAACACUUCUACAAGGAGCUGAACCGCAUCCGACGGGCCGCAUUAUCGCUCGGGUUUGUCGAGCUGCUCGAAGGGUUGGCACACAUUUUCGAGCGCGAAAUCAGCACACUGCCUCUCAACGCUUCACCCGACUGUUCCAUGCAGCUCACGCAUGCCGCCGUUGAACUUCGUAAAACGAACAAUCGCGAUCUGAAGUCCGUUAUCCACGCGCUCCCAACACAAUACAAUCAGCUGGCAUAG